AUGCAAUCGGAUAAUCAGGAUUGGCAAGCCAUGUCUAUGGCUGAGCUACGAGAACGCACCUUUAGGGCUGUAGAGGCCCAGAAGAAACGCAAGAUAAUUGAAUACCUUCAAGCUCAACAAGAGAAUGAUACCAUAGACCUUGAUCCAGCUAUCUUGCAGGACUAUAACAGCAAACUCGCACAUAAAACGAAGAAACAAAGUAGCACCGUUUGGGGGAAGAUCCAGCUGCCUACCCCAUCCUUUAAGGGCGAGACUUGGAUGGAAUUACAAAUCUACAUUACCGAAUUAAACAGCCACUUCGAACUUAGAUCUGGUCAAUUCAAAGACGACAAGCAGAAGAUUCAGUAUGCUAGCAACUGCUUGAAGGGGGUUAUGAAGCCUAGAUGGACCUGCUAUUAUAACGGGGAUCUCAAUCGAUCAUACGGCAACAUGACUUACCCCGAGUAUCUGGAGUGGUGUGAGAGCUGUAUCAAAGAUGCGGAUAAUCUGGAGUGGUGUGAGAGCUCUAGCAAAGAUGCGGAUACCCGGUCUUUGGAAGCAACUGCAGUGCUAGAUCGCAUGCAGCAACGAGAGAAUGAACGGUUUCAAAGCUUCUUCUACCGCUUCGAGAUGACCCUUGGCGAGAUUCCGGUCCCGCUGCCUGAUGAGUUCCGGAUUGCUUGGCUGAUACAGAAGUGCUUGCCGGAGAUUAAGAAGAAUAUCCUUAACCAAGGGUUCCCUGCUACCUGGCAGCAACUUCGCAAUAAGGGGAUAAUAGCAGAGAUUAUUUAG